CCUCCCACUUCCUCUCUCUCUCUCUCUCUCUCUCUCUCUCUCAGCUUUGCUUCGCUUUGUCUCCAUUUGAUCGAGAUUGGGAAUGGCGAUGGUGCCGAGAUGGAUGCCAUUAAUGGCGCUAGGGCUUCUUGUGCUUCUCGCCGGAGGGAUGGGAUGGUUUGGACCCGGGAUGAUCGCGGAUUCGAGCGCUGCAACGAUGGCGAGGAGGAGUUUGAGAGGAAGCGAAGGGAAUGAGAGUUCUGAUCCCAAGGCUUUCAGGUUUGAACAUGAACCAGUGCAUGGUGCGGUAGAUGACCCGGAGAUGGUUGCCACUGAAGUCCAUAUGACAAUCAACAAUCACACAGCUCGCCGUGCUCUUGGUUACUUAUCAUGUGGCACAGGCAACCCCAUCGAUGAUUGCUGGCGUUGUGAUCCUGACUGGCAUCUUCACCGUAAGAGACUUGCAGACUGUGGCAUUGGCUUUGGCCGCAAUGCCAUUGGCGGCCGUGAUGGGCGCUACUACGUUGUCAGUGACCCAGGUGAUGACGAUCCAGUUAAUCCCCGCCCAGGCACUAUCCGCCAUGCUGUCAUUCAAGAUGAACCUCUCUGGAUAGUCUUCAAGCGAGACAUGGUUAUCACACUUAAGGAAGAGCUGAUAAUGAACAGCUUCAAGACAAUCGAUGGCCGCGGUGUCAAUGUCCACAUUGCCAACGGUGCCUGUUUAACAAUUCAAUUCGUCACGAACAUCAUCAUCCAUGGUCUCCACAUCCAUGACUGCAAGCCCACUGGCAAUGCCAUGGUCCGCAGUUCACCUUCUCACUAUGGCUGGAGAACAAUGGCUGACGGUGAUGGCGUUUCCAUCUUCGGCUCAAGCCAUAUUUGGGUUGAUCAUUGCUCACUCUCCAAUUGCGCUGAUGGACUUAUAGAUGCUGUCAUAGGCUCAACAGCCAUCACAAUUUCAAACAACUACUUCACUCAUCACAAUGAAGUCAUGCUUUUGGGUCACAGUGAUUCUUAUGCCAGGGACAAAGCCAUGCAAGUCACCAUUGCAUUUAACCAUUUCGGCGAAGGUCUAAUUCAGAGGAUGCCAAGAUGCAGGCAUGGUUACUUCCAUGUUGUCAACAAUGACUACACUCACUGGGAAAUGUAUGCGAUCGGUGGCAGUGCCGAUCCGACUAUAAACAGUCAAGGCAACCGAUAUCUUGCACCGAUGAAUCCUUUCGCAAAAGAGGUUACGAAAAGAGUAGACACUAAUGCCGGGGCAUGGAAGAGCUGGAAUUGGCGAUCGGAAGGUGAUUUACUCCUCAACGGCGCUUACUUCACUCCAUCUGGGGCCGGGGCUUCAGCGAGCUAUUCCCGGGCUUCAAGUCUCGGAGCUAAGUCAUCAUCAAUGGUCGGUUCGAUCACUUCCGGCGCAGGCGUGCUCACUUGCCGCAGCGGCAAUCGAUGCUGAUGAUGAUGCAUAUUGUUUGGCAUUUGAUAUUUGAGUUUGUUACACAUACUCCAUUUUGAUCAACCUCCCUCUGCUUCCACUGUAACUUUGUGUGUGGAGCUGAUGUGGUAGCGUUGCUGAUCCUUUUAUUACUCUUUUUUUUUUCUUCUUUUUUAUCUUUAUAUGGUGUGAUCUCUUUCUAUCUUUGUUUCUUUAUCCCUUUCUCAGUAUUAUUAUGGCAAUAUUCAGUGAUACUGAUGCAUGUUAUGGUUGUAACAGAUGCAUAUUUUUAUUAUUCCAAGCAAAAGAAAAUCACUA